AUGGGAGAUUCAUUAAGAGAUGAUAAAUGGUAUUCAAUAAAUAAAACAAAUGAAAAUGGUCUAAUAGAAAUCGUUGAACAUCAAAAAUUUAAAGGUACUUUUUGGGAACGUAUGGAAUUAAAUCAUUUUCCAUAUGACGUUCAAGAAUUAUCAAUAUCAUUAACAACACCAUUAACAAUAAAUGAUAUAUAUUUUAUUGAAAAUAAACAAAAACCAUCUGGUGUUAAUCGUACUGUAUUUAGUGAUCAACAAUCUUGGCAUUUAUAUGAACAUGUUGAAUUUUCAUUUGAACAACAUCGAGAAGAAUAUUCAUUAAAUUAUGAUCAAAUACAUCCUGUUCUUAUUUGUACAUGGCAUGUUGGAAGAAAAUGUGGUUAUUAUAUUUGGAAUGCAUAUUUUUUAAUUUUUCUUAUAAUAUCAGCAUCUCUUGGUACAUUUUCAAUAUCACCCUCAAAUUCUCAUGGUCGUUUACAGAUAACAUGUACUCUUCUAUUAACAUCUGUUACAUUUCGAUGGGUUGUUAAUAAAUCACUUCCAACAAUUUCAUAUUUAACAGCAUUAGAUAUUUAUGCCAUAGCAUCUAUAGUUGCUCUAUGUAUAAUGAAUAUAUUUCAUGGUGUAGUUAGUUAUUUAUAUUAUAAUCAAAUAUAUUUAGUUUCAUAUUUAACACCAAAUAAUACACAAGAACUUCAACUUUCACUUUAUCCUGAAUAUUUCAUUUGUCGUAUUGAUCAUUAUGGUUUUUAUAUUUUAUCUGUUACAUUUUGUCUUUAUCAAAUUUUAAUAUUACUUUGGACAUUUUGGAUUGAUGGCGACGAAUAG